AUGGCCGCGGGCGCAGCGCCGUCGGCGGGGCUGGAGGAGGAGACCGGUGGCAUCUCGCUGCACAGCCUCUCGUACGAGCAGCUCAUGCAGCUCAAGAACUCCAUCGAAGAGGAGCUGCAAGGUCUGCAGGGUGCCCACCAGCAGCUGCAAGUCUCGACGAAGAAGCUGCAGAUUUCAAAGGCGGCGCUUGACGAGCUCACCAAGACGUCGGAGGGCACACGCAUGCUCGUGCCUAUAACCUCGUCGCUCUACGUGCCGGGCGAGACGUCGGCGCUGCAGUCUUGCCUGGUCGAUGUGGGCACCGGCUACUACAUUGAGAAGUCAGUCGCGGAGGCGCAAGCUUUCAUGGAUCGCAAGAUCGAGCUGAUGGCGAACCAGACUGUGGGGGUGCGCCAGGCGGCGGCUAUCAAAGGCCAACACAUGCAACAGGCGAUGCAGGUCCUGAACGAGAAGCGGUUCGCCGCAAAGCAGGGCUAG